UUCCUUCUUCCUCUUAAUAUUUGAUAAAAGGACCAAGCCGUUUACAUUCCGUCACAAUUUCGAUCACACUGUCUUCAAGGAAGCAUUUUAAAAUCUCGAGACAUAAAGAGUGCUAAAGAGACAUAAUGGAUUUGAAACUUAUUCCUUUGUUUGCCGUCAUUGUGUGUCUUGGAAACUGUUGCAACAAGAAGCCAUACUACCCACCACCAGACCCGUAUAAUAUGUGGGAUCCGUGGGGAACUGAUGACUGUGGCUAUCGAUGUAGAAGAGUGCGAAGAUUUAUAGAUUAUAAGGACAUGGUGGAAACAGGGUUUUUCCAAAAGAUAAGAACUCAAUUAAGCAUUUUACCUGAAGAACAUCAAUGCAAGUUUGAAACCUAUGACACGGAUAGUGAUGGAUUGAUCAGGCCAGCGGAACUUGAAUCCAUAUUUGGAGUAGGAGAAGAAACAAAUGAUCUUUUUGCAAUAAUGGACUUUAGUGAUAGUGACGGGAUGAUUAGCCUAGAUGAAUUUUGUGACGUUGGACCUCAUCUUAUAAGGGACUGUAAGGAUACCCAAUGUCUCAAGAGAAAAACCUCUGACAAGAAAUAAAGCUUUAAAAUGCCCGAUUGAUGCAUGCGCGAUAUCAUUGCUUAUACCGGUAAAAUACUAGUUGGAAAUUGUGUUUAGAACAUUUUCUUCCGUAGUAAUAUGUCUUUUUAUAUUAAACCUGGACAGGGACUAGAUAUCGAGAUUAAAUUGGCAUUGCUUUAUAAAAGUAACAUUAACUUUAUAAUGCUAUCAUAAUUUUCUUAAAUCUUGAUUUGCAAAAUGACGAAGAUGAUUUAUGAUACGAUGGACAACAUAUAAUACAAACGAAUUUGAUCAAAUAAGGAUCAUUUUUAGGAUCAAGAGCCCACAUCUUGGAAAGCUAAAUUAAUUUAUCUUUGAAUUCAAAGACAUGCUAUUUUAGUUUUAAAUCCAAUAUUACUAAGUUAAAAUGAAUCAAUAAUUAUAACCAUUUGCUGAUAAUGAUUUAAAUUUUUUAAUAUGUGUGGACACUGGGUCAGAUAUGACAGACAUCAAACGGAAACAUCAAACAACUAUUCUAUUCCGGCUGUGUGUCUUACCACCGAUAAAUGCUCUCUUCCCCGAGAAUUUUGGAGACUUUUAAUAUUUUACUUAAUGUUUCUUGAGUUCGUGACUUCGUGUUGGUUAAUAUAUAAUUGCGCUUUAAAUGAUAUGUAUGUUUCAUUUAUUGAUAUGUUUGUUUCAUUUUAAUAAUAAGUCCAUAGGAAGGGAUUCUUUGCUUGCAUUAUAUAAAAAUUAAGGUUUGUGUAAACAGAAGUCAAAUUAUAUAAACGCUUGAUAGAAAUAUCCUCUUCCUAUCACAAAUUAGAAAUAUGUUUGCUUUAAAUAAAAUACAGUUAAGAACAUUUAUUUGACGUAAAAUAGUUUCUCCGAAAUGAGCUUUAUUUGCAUAACCUUGUAUCUAUAUAUUCAUAAACAGACCAUGUCAAUAAAGGUACCUUUAAAAAAGUGUUGUUUGAAUAAUAGAAAUUCAGUGCCAUCCUUUCUUCUUAUUUCCACCAAAGAAUAU